CAAGCAGACUAGCAUUGAAGAUGCCUUAUUUUGGAAGAAUAAAGAAAAGCACAAGAAAGAAGAAGAAAAAAGGAAGGACACAGGAAAAAUUUGAGUACAGCCAAAACGUAAUGGUAGAAUUGACAUUGCAUUGAGUGAGCGCACGUGCAUCGAAAGUCGAGCAGACGAUGAAACUCGUCGUCGAGGGAUUGCCGUUAAAGAUGGGAGGGGAGGAUUCGUCGCCCCGUAGACACGCGCUCGCGCAGUUAUCGGCACCAAGGAGGGAGGAGAGACCUCCGAGUGGCUGUUGAGAAGAGAAUCUUCGCGACGUCCAUGUGCUCGGCUAGAGCCAGCGCUCGAUCAAGUCCUCGGUGAGCUAGCAUUCGGCUCUCAGUCCUCGCGAAGCGUUCGCUGCAACUACGUCGGCGUUCUCGUCGUUGCGCGCACGCAAAUCUGCCCGGAGCCAUUCGCAAAAGCCCCCCCCCCCCCAGCGAUCGGUGCGUUGCAACGAUGAGCCCCAGUAGUCUUGAGGCUCUACCCGCCCUCGCGAACAUGUGGACAUGAAGAGAUUCUAACUCUUCGUAUCAUUUUUACCGUUAUCAUUAUCUGCUUUCUUUUCGCUUUCUUCUCCUGCUACUUUAUAUUUUUGUUUCUUCGAAGUUUCCUCUUUCGCCCUUGGCCGUUACAAAUAUAGUUGCUACUACUUGGAGCUCGAUAGUAGUAUAGGAAGACGAUUCCUCGCGUCCGGAAAUUCUUCCCCCUUGUCUCAUUAUUUCUUUGUUUUCGUUCAAUUUGUGCCAAAUCGUGCGUCAACUCGACUGACAGACGUUAGAGAAGCUAAACGUGUUGGCAACCAUUGAAUCACAGCGAGUAGCCUGAAAAGUAGAGGAAAAUUAGAGACGUAGUUAAACAUUUGAACUGUUAGUGAAGAAAAACGAAGAGAGCAAAUAGUGAUAAAUUAUUACAAGGAUGCACCAUACGACUCCUUGGUACCUGCCCUGGGGGCUUAAGCUUGUUCCGCUAUCUAUACCACCGGGACAUCCAGCUUCCGGCAUUCCGAAUCCGGCGCUCCACUUGUUAGCUCCUCUUCCAGGAAUCUAUGCGCCAGAACCUCGCAAGGUCGAUUUAAAACCGUUGCGAGAGACAACCAUAGUUGUACCACCACAAGCUUCCAAAAUAACAGAAAAAAGAAAAGUGGAAGAUGCCGAUGCAAAUAAAGAUCUGAAAAAGGCAAAAUUGGAAACAAAAGCAUUGAAAGCGAAGAGACCAGGUUUUACAGAUGAACGUUAUAAUGAAACAAGCUACUAUGUUGAAAAUGGAUUGCGCAAAGUUUAUCCAUACUACUUUACAUUUACAACAUUUACGAAAGGUCGUUGGGUUGGAGAGAAGAUUCUUGAAGUAUUUGCACGCGAAUUCCGUGCACAUCCAGCUGAGGAAUACGAAAGAUGUAUACGCGCCGGUACCCUUACUGUUAACUACCAGAAGGUUGAUGUCGAUUACAGAUUACGACAUAAUGAUCUUCUUGCUAAUGUCGUUCACAGACACGAGGUGCCAGUCACCUCGGAGCCGAUCACGGUGAUACACAUGGACGAGGACGUCGUCGUGGUCAACAAGCCCGCCUCCAUCCCUGUUCAUCCAUGCGGUCGCUAUCGUCAUAACACUGUUGUGUUUAUUUUGGCUAAGGAAUACAACUUGAAAAACCUUCGGACGAUACAUAGGCUGGACAGAUUGACCAGUGGUAUUUUACUAUUUGGCAGAACGCCCAAAAAAGCUCGGCAGAUGGAGCAUCAGAUUAGAAAUCGACAGGUACAUAAACAAUACGUCUGCCGAGUUGAAGGUGAAUUCCCAGAGGAAGAGAUCAUUUGUUCCGAAGCAAUAGAAGUCGUAUCCUACAAAAUUGGUGUCUGCAAAAUUUCAGACAAGGGAAAAGAUUGCAUAACUAAAUUUAAACGAUUGAGCUACAACGGAAAGUCGUCAGUGGUGUUGUGCAAACCGCAAACCGGACGUAUGCACCAGAUACGCGUACAUCUCCAGUACCUUGGCUAUCCAGUUGUCAACGAUCCACUUUAUAAUCAUGUGGUCUUUGGCCCACACAAGGGUAAGGGAGGUAAUAUUGGUAAAACCGACGAGGAACUUGUUAGCGAUCUUAUUAGUAUUCACAAUGCUGAAAAUUGGCUCGGGAUGGAAGGUGAUUCGGAAAUGAGUCUCUUUAAACCGAAACUGGACCUUGAUGACAGAAUUUCCAGUGAUAAAGAAGGUUCACCCUCUUCGACGCCAAGUCUUUCGGAAGACGAUCAGCAGUCUCAGCAGCAGCAACAGCAACAACAGCAGCAACAACAACAAGGGCAUCAAUCACAACCGCAAACGCAACUGUUAAAAGUGACUGUAGGUACGCAAACGGGAUCGGAGCCUCCAGACUCGAUAUUUGCUAACGAAAAAGUUAGCAUCGAUCCCCACUGCUAUGAGUGCAAAGUGAAGUACAGGGACCCAAAGCCCUCGGACCUCGUAAUGUACUUACACGCGUGGCGCUAUUGCGGUCCUGGAUGGGAGUACGAAACACCCUUACCCACGUGGGCAGCCAGCGACUGGGCACCCACUGAUGAUCGAUAGUCACUCACGACGAGAUGUUCGUCUGGAUGAUAAACGCGUGCUCUCAGUUCCUUGGAGCGAAACCUUGCUCACAUUGUUCAUUUUUUUUUUUUUUUUUUUUUAAUGUUUUAUAUUUAGCGAAUUAAUCCCUCAAUGUUAUUAGUUCCGAAAGGAAAUAUAUUUCAAAUUGUCAUUUUCUUUUUCUAUGAGCCGUUUUAUACUUUGGAAAUCUUUAAACAAUUCUAUUUUCUCGAUCGUAUACGUCAAUGCAAUAUAAGCUUUUAGAAUUGUUUGUUUUUAUUAUUUGUGUAUUGCAGUACAUCUCGUGUGCUGCAUAUCAGAUUUGCUUGUAAAAGUUUUAUUAUACCUGUAACUUCUAUAAAUUGCAAUUUGAUAAUACUAAAACCACCAUGAGAUGCGUCUUUAUAUUCAAUGUUUUAUUCUUUCUUUUAUAAAUAUAUUUUUAUACAGAUAAAUGUGUA